AUGCUCUCUUCCACUCUCCUUGCUGCCUUUGCAGCUUGUUUUUCCCUCUCACAAUCUGCCUUUCAAGGCUUCAACUACGGCUCAACCAACACCGACAGCUCGCCAGUAACGUUGGAGCAGUUCACCAGUGACUUCACCACUGCCAAGGCCCUUGUUGGCACCAAUGAUGCCUUCACAAGUGCUCGCCUUUAUACCUGCAUCCAAGCGGGAACCACCAACACCCCGAGUGAUGCCUUCCAGGCAGCGGUCAACACCAACACUUCAUUGCUGCUUGGCUUGUGGGCGUCUGCAGGUCAGGAGAAUAUCAACAAUGAAAUUGCCGCCCUCACCACUUUCCUCCAAGGGAGCAAUGGUGCCGCGCUCGCAACAUUGAUAGUCGGCAUUUCAGUUGGUAGCGAAGAUCUGUACCGCAUCUCUCCUACCGGUAUCAUCAACAUGUCCGGCGUCGGUGCCUCUCCAGACGAUAUUUCCAACUACAUUGGUCAAGUCAAGACUGCCAUCGCCAGCACUGCUGCAAAAAACGCGCUCGUCGGACACGUCGACACCUGGACUGCCUGGGUCAAUGGCUCCAACGAUGCUGUUAUCACUAGUUCUGACUUCAUCGGUAUGGACGCCUAUCCGUACUUCCAGAACACCAUGACCAACCCCAUUGGCGAUGGAUACUCCCUGUUCGACGCUGCCUAUGAGGCUACAAUCAGUGCCGCCGGCGGUAAGCCGGUUUGGGUAACGGAAACUGGCUGGCCCGUCAGUGGAGCUACCUCUGGUGACGCUGUACCGAGUGUUGCCAAUGCACAGACAUACUGGGAUCAGGUCGGAUGCGGUUUGCUCUUCGGCAAGACCAAUACGUGGUGGUUCACACUGCAGGAUGCCUACCCAACUACACCCAACCCAAGCUUCGGCAUUGUCGGUACCACUCUGAGCGACACUCCACUUUACGAUCUCAGCUGCUCGAGUGCUUCGACAUCUGCAUCCUCGAUCCCAGCUGCUCAAGCUACUGCAACUGCCGGGGCUCUGUCGAUCAACGCUGCUGGUGCUGGCAAUGAAGGAACUCCGUCCACUGCGGGUGAGAAAGCAUCUAGUGCUGGAUCUAGCCCUGCUGAGACGGUAUCUAGCAGUGCCUCGAGCCCUGCUGCUGCUGUUGCUCCUGUUACAACUUCCUCUUCGGUCGCUCAACCUGAAAUGGCCAGCACCCCCGCUCCGGAGACACCUUCACCCACAGGCCCAGCCCCAACGACCCUGAUUACCAAGACCUCGGUUUUGCCAGCUGCGUCUGCUUCCGGUGCAUCCGCGUCAGGCUGCCCCGCCAGCCUUUCUGGCACUCACGAGUUCCCCCACUUGAUCGUGCCCGUCAACAAGGAUUUGCCUACCACCGCUGGCGGUACCAGCUACAACGGCACUUUUUCUUCGACCGUAUCAUCGAUCUUCAACUUCGACAUUCCAGAGUCCGACUCUGGCAAGAAGUGCUCGCUCGUCUUCCUUCUACCCACUCAAGACGAGCUGAUUUCAUCAGCCUUCAGCUUCAGCGGUACCGGUAGCCUCGAUUUUGCACAGCUUCAGAGCCCAGCUACAGAGCAAACCAGCUACAGCACCGUUCCUGCUGUUGAAUCAGACCUGGGUGGCCCCACAAGCGUUACUCCGGGUAACGAGUAUGUCAUAGCUUCUGGCUCAUGUGCCGCUGGAACGAGAGUCUCGUACGAGGUCAGUUCGACUGGCAGCUUGGCGUUGAAUUACUUCCAAGACUCCAACGCAGCUGCUAUUGGGUUCUACAUCACCGUAUGCUAG